AUGUAUAAUUCAUGGUUUGAAAUUAUUCGGGGUAUAUCGCCAUAUAAUUGGGCGUUGCUAGGAAUUGCCUCAUCAUUAUUCCUUUCUAUUAUUGGCGCAGCAUGGGGAAUAUUUAUAUGUGGUACUAGUAUAGUUGGGGCCUCAGUAAAAGCCCCACGUAUUAUUUCAAAAAAUUUAAUCUCUAUCAUUUUUUGUGAAGCAUUAGGUAUGUAUGGAGUAAUUACUGCAGUUUUUUUGCAAAUCAAAUUAAGUGGAUUAAAAACUGAAGUGCAUUCUCCCCUUGCUUUAACGCCACAAACAGAUCCAUUAAUUAUGAACACCAUAAGAGGAGGAUGGGCACUAUUUGCAAGUGGAUUAACCGCCGGUUUAUCAAACCUCGUCUCUGGAGUUGCUGUUGGAAUAACAGGAAGUUCAUGCGCUUUAGGAGAUGCUCAUAGUUCAGACCUUUUUGUUAGAAUGCUAAUGAUUGAAAUAUGUGCAAGUGUUAUAGGAUUAUACGGCUUAAUCGUGGCCAUAGUAUCAAUUGGAGACAUACAAAUGACAUAA